AUGGCCUCCGUAAUUAAGAGGCCUCCUUUAAUGAGGGAUCAAAAGAAAAAUAAGCAUUUAGGAGAAAAUAUCCGGAAAGAAACAAAACCUUCAAAGAAAGGUCUAAUAAUUAUCAUCCGGAGGGAGGCGGCUAAUGACAGCCACCACUCCGGGCAGCUUAGUGGUGGAUGUAUGUCUACACCGUCAACCGACGGCGAAACUCGUGUAACUGGUUGUGUCGGAGGCUCGUCCGCUCAGAACCCGCCGCCUACAGCUAGCGAAGACACAAAGGAACAAGACUUGGAGCGUCGUUCAUCUGUAUACGGGAUGCAAAGUUAUGCUAAUUCUAAUACUUAA